UUUUGUGCUCCUCUCGUCCUUGCUUUCGUCCUUCCUCGUCGACGCCCGCUUCGGUCUCGACGACUCUCAGCUUGCUCUUCUUGCUCCCUUGCUUGGACGACUCAAACUCUUACUUGUGGACCAUUCACGCUUGGUCGUAUCUGGGUUCAGUGGCGAUAUCGAUGCGGGCGCUGAAAGGCUCGGUCAGUUCUCGUGAUCCUAUCGUGCACGACAACCGAGACGAUGAGGCUGGAUACGGAGACGACUCCUGGUCCAGGCGUCGAGCCACCACCAUAGCCACCUCGUACACCUCAACUGGCCUCCCACAAGAAACCAUAACCGCCCUCAUCAUCUGCCUCACAAUCAUCUCUCUCGUCACCCUCAUCAUCAUCCUCCUUUUCGUUCGUGGCUGUAGACGCCGAAGAUCACACUUCGCGGAUAUGAGCGUCAGGAUCGUCAGAGAAUCGGAUAUGGACGGGGCUGGAUGGAAUAAUGCGUACGGGUAUGGUCUGUCUGGGGGUACGAGCAGACCGGUGUCACCGUAUACGGUCGGUGCGAGUGGUGGUCGUGGUCGUAGUGGCGUACCGGUGUCUCCCGGUUCUUCGACUUAUUGGACGGGUUCGGAGGACCAGCAUCAGGAGGGGAGAGAGAGCAGUGUGUAUAGUAAGAGGUAUUCUGCAAGCGAUGCGGAGCUCGCGUCAAUGACCCCUCUCCCGUCCGAUAUGCGCCACUCAUCUACUUCAAACGUCAACUUCACAAGUCUCGCAGACGCUUCUGCGACGCUGUAUAUGCUCAACGAGGAGGACGAGGGUGACUUGGGACACCCGGAAAACCUGCAUCUUCCGUCGAGGCCGAAUACUGUCGAACCGAGCGCGAUCAUGGAGGCAGGUUCGGGUCGCGAGAGUCAUGAUAUCAGACUGGUUACCGAGUCUCAGAAAGGGAGGGGAAGGUGGUUGGUAUAACGGUUCUCUAUCCAGGAUGAUUUGGAACCUGUGUGGCGAGGUGAGACAGGUACCAUGGAGCAUAUGUGCUUCAUUUGUUCGCUCGGUGAGGAUAGGGUCGGUAUUCUCUACCACAUACUAUGCUGUACGCUCAUUUAGUCCUAGUGACUGCUAUUGUUGUCAUUCCUAUCUACAGCUUAUUUACUUCCUCUGUCUUUGUACUUUUAAAUAUUUAUGCUGCAUGGAAU